GUGGGUGACCAGCUAGUGAGCGUGAAUGGCUUCCGCGUGGACGAUGCCGUACAUGCAGAGCUGGCGCAUUACCUAGCUUCCCAGUCUAGACUGAAGAUUAAAGUUAGACAUGUGGGAAUGCUUCCUAUGAAAGAAAAAGUCCACGAGGUGCUUUCAUGGCAAUUCGUAUCGGAGCGUGGAUCUCUGGGCUCAGAAGUAUCGUCGUCUCCUACGCUCUGUCAUGAGACUGAACGUUUGUCCGAUUUACGACUAUCCGUCCUGGUGCCGCCAAGAGCUAAAUUAGGCUGCGGAAUCUGCAAAGGCCCAGAAUGGAAACCUGGCAUAUUUGUUCAAUUCGUCCGAGAUGGCGGUAUAGCUAAAGAUGCCGGACUUAGGCCGGGUGACCAAAUUUUGUCCUGUAAUGGAAUAGAUUUUUCCAACGUGGCUUUUAAUGAGGCUAUAUCUGCUAUGAAGGCUAGUGGACGUCUAGAACUGGUGGUGCGUGAAGGUGCAGGCACUGAGCUUGUGUCACCCGAGAGCUCGGGGUACAACAGCUCGGCCUCAUCCGCAGCCGGGGAGAGUCCGGCGCCGGCCGCGCCUCACGUGCCUCUCGCGCCACCUGCAGCGCUGCGCCGCCGACUUGCAAGUGUUGCUGAAGAAGCUGCUGAUCGGGCUGACUGGUUGACUUUGAACAGACUUAAACGACGCACGUGGGACAGUUUAGACUUUGAUUGGAAGAAUAGUGACAUACACAACUUCGACGCUCCUUCAGAUAUAGAACCUGAUUAUGACAGCCCCAGUAUACCAAACAACCCACACACAUUCGAAAAUAAAACUAAUUCGAGAAAUAAUAAAGAAUACGUCACGAGUCCAUCGAACAAAACCAUCAUUAAUUUAACAGAAGACGGCGCCACUAUACAAUGUAGCUACAACAAUCAAUCGCCUAGAAAAAAUACGUAUUCUACAAACAAUACCAAUAGGAACAACGACAAAAAGACAAUAGUAGUAGAAGUACAUCACACGAGUACAGCCAUAUGUGGAAAAUCGAGUUGCAAUAAUUACAAUAUGCUGCCCAUGAAGAAUGACUUAAACUCCGAUUCUACAAGUGUCUCUAGUUCAAAUACAUUAUCAAGUGCCAUUGCUGAAGAAAUACAUCGAAGGAAGCAG